GCUAACCAAGCCUGUGCCACCACCGCCUGUGCCACCACCGCCUGUGCUAUCCAAGCCUGUGCUAACCACGCCUGCGCCACCCCCUGCCUGUGCAUCCAAGCCUGUGCCAACCACUGUGCCACCCCCGCCUGUGCUAUCCAAGCCUGUGCUAACCACGCUUGCGCCACCCCCGCCUGUGCCACCACCGCCUGUGCUAUCCAAGCCUGUGCUAACCACGCCUAUGCCACCACCGCCUGUGCCACCACCGCCUGUGCUAUCCAAGCCUGUGCCAACCACUGUGCCACCCCCGCCUGUGCUAUCCAAGCCUGUGUCACCCCCGCCUGUGCCACCCCUGCCUGUGCUAUCCAAGCCUGUGCUAACCACGCUUGCGCCACCCCGCCUGUGCCACCACCGCCUGUGCUAUCCAAGCCUGUGCUAACCACGCCUGUGCCACCACCGCCUGUGCUAUCCAAGCCUGUGCUAACCACGCCUGUGCCACCCCGCCUGUGCUAUCCAAGCCUGUGCCACCACCGCCUCUACCAUUCAGGCGUUUUUUAACCACGCCUGUGCCACCACUGCCUACGUUACCCAAGCCUGUGCCACCACCGCCUGUGCCACCACCGCCUCUACCAUUCAGGCGUUUUUUAACCACGCCUGUGCCACCACUGCCUACGUUACCCAAGCCUGUGCCAACCACGUCUGUGCCACCACCGUCUGUGCUACCCAAGCCAACCUCCCCUACUGACACAGUCCCUCAGUCCGGGGAGAGAGGUCACCUGGGCAUUAGGAAAGGAGCGCGUCUGGUGUCCUCCGUCAGUGGCCAGCUGGUAGGAAUGUCACAGCUGGUGAGGAUGAAGAUUAAACUCACCACUACGGGACACAAGGCUCUCCCAGAUGGUAGGAACUCACUCCACCUGGCGGCCGAGGACGGUAACAAACAGAAGGUGAAGAAUCUACUGAAGGCAGGAGCUCGAGUCAACAGCUUAGACCAUCAGGGGUUUACGGCACUCCAUCUGGCGGCCUGGGGAGGACACGAGGAAGUCAUCACUGUCCUCUUGAAACAGAAUGCUGACCAGGAAAUAUUGGCACAAGGUCGGCGGGCGUUUCACUGGGCAGCUGUAGGUGGUCACGUCCCAGCCAUGAGAGAACUUGACAGAUAUGACAGGCAGAGCAAAUUCUCCCUGACUGAGCACCACAAGACGGCACUCCACUUAGCGGCAGACCACGGCAACCUAGAAGCCGUGAACUGGCUCUUGAAACACGGGGUUGAUCUGGAACUUGAAGAUGAGAAUGGUCUGACGGCUGAGGACUAUGCCAGAGACGAGGGCAUACUGCUGUGGUCACCUACCUGAGACAACAAUACCUACAGCAGAAGCCAGACCUGCUAAUGUAGUAGUGUAGUAGGAUAGUAUUAACAUAGCCAGGUGUGCUAAUGAGAUUUCAUACAUCGCUUCACCUGUCCUUCCUCUUCAUUCAUAACAUUCAUACAUUGUGUAAGUUCCCACUUGUCGAACUCUCAUCAUCAUUCACCUUUUUCAUCCUUCACUUUAAUUACCUAGUAUAUAUACCAACCUCUUAGCAUAUAAAAAAUACCUAAGUGUUAUCUUUGGUGUAGAAACCAGGCCCCUUCAUCAAUUAUAAUUAAGAAAAUGAACUAAAAAAAACGUUCAUCACAAUAUUUUUUUUAAAAGACAAAAAGAUAUCACACAAACUUUAGACUGAAGUGUUGUUCCAAUACUUAUUUAUGUGAUUUAAUGUAGUUUUGUUUUUUUAUAUUAAAUUUUCGUCUACACACACACCGUCAAGCACAUAGUUUAGUCGUGGUAGUUUCCCCUUAAGAGUUACAAACCUUCUCUUUCCAUUCACUAUUACACAGAGGAUCCCUGCUGUCCCAUCACUACCACCGUUCUAGUCAUGGGAUGGAAAAACUUCACCUCCCUAUCCUCUCUGCCUAUCCCUUUUCCCUUCCAUGUGUUUACAAAGUCCCUUGUUGUUUAUGUUUACAAAGUCCCUUGAUGUUUGUGUUUACAGAGUCCCUUGAU